AUGUCGAGGUUUCCAAAGAUCACAAACACUUACUUCAUGGCGAUUAUCGCCACCGUGGGCGGUAUGCUCUUCGGUUUCGAUAUCUCGUCCAUGUCUGCUAUCGUCAUUACCGACCAGUAUAUCGACUACUUCAAUAAUCCCUCUGGCCUCACCCAAGGAGCUAUUGGGUCUGCUCUUGCUGCUGGAUCUGUCGUUGGUAGUUUAAUGGCCGGUCCUAUUUCGGAUAAGUAUGGUCGACGUGAUAGUAUCAUGUUUGCCUGUCUUUGGUGGCUAGCUGGAACUGCGGUUCAAGUUGCUACCACCGGAGUAGGCUCGUUAAUUGCUGGUCGUGUCCUGAACGGCGUCUGUGUCGGUAUCACCUCUUCUCAAGUCCCUGUGUAUCUCGCAGAGAUCGCCCCACGAGAUACUCGGGGUCGCAUUAUCAUUAUCCAACAGCUUGCUAUCGAGUGGGGUAUCUUGAUCAUGUACUUUAUUGGUUAUGGAUGCUCUAAAAUCGAAGGCACCGCGUCGUUUCGAACUGCAUGGGGGACACAAUUUAUCCCCUGCGUGGGGCUUAUGAUCGGUCUUCCUUUCCUUCCUAGGUCUCCACGAUGGCUCGCCAAAGUCGGCCGUGAGGAAGAGGCAAUUCAAACUCUUGCUGAUAUCCAAGCUGGUGGUAACAAGGAUGACCCACUUGUCGUCGCCGAGUGGGAAGAAAUACACACUGUCUUGAACGCAGAGCGCGAAUCGAUUCGAGGAUGGAAGAAGUUCUUCGUUAAUGGCAUGUGGAAGCGAACUCUGGCCGGAAUGAGUGUACAGGCCUGGCAACAAUUGAGUGGCGCUAAUGUUAUCGUUUACUACAUCGGAUACGUCUUCUUGAUGGCAGAUCUCCAAGGUGAUGUCAACUUGGUUUCUUCCGGUAUUCAAUAUGCGAUAUUCAUCAUUUUCACCACCAUUAUGUUCUUCUUCAUUGACCGUACCGGUCGUCGAACGCUCCUCGUAUCUGGUGCUAUAGGAAUGGCUGUAUGCCACUUUGUAGUUGGUGGCCUUCUUGGUACCUACAGCAUUGAUGUCCCCGAGGGUGUCGGUGGAAACCACAAUGUUGUUAUCAAAGUCACGGGCUCCCCUGCUCACGGUGUCAUUGCAUUUAGCUACCUUCUCAUUAUCGUAUAUGCGCUCACUCUAGCUCCUGUCGCCUGGGUUUACGCUGCUGAGGUUUGGUCACUUGGAACACGCGCUACUGGAAUGUCAUUGGCUGCGGUGGCCAACUGGCUAUUCAACUUCGCCCUGGGACUCUUCACCCCGCCGGCAUUCCUUAACAUCAAGUAUAAAGUUUUCAUCAUCUUUGGUGUACUUUGUAUCGGCGCGGCUAUCCAAGCCUGGUUUACUUACCCUGAAACAUGUGGCAAGACUAUUGAGGAAAUCGAACUAUUGUUUGCUAAGGGCGCGCCAGCGGCGUGGAAGACUAAGAAGGGUGGUUCUCGUCUUGAGGCUGAGAUCCAGGCCGUGUUGAAUCGCAAAGAGCAUGGCGAAGAUGUUCAUACUGAUGUACAUCCGGAACUCCAGAAGACUGCAACAAGUGAGGUAGCUAAGGAGACCGUAUAG